AUGGAGGGUUACAGCGAGCACAGUGCGUCGCAAGGGCCUUCUUCUCCUGGCGGAUGGCAAGUCAUCCCCAACCGCACGCAGCGCGGUCAGCAUCGCGGGCGGGCAUCGCAGAGGAAUCAGCUACCACCACAGCAGCAGCAACACCAGCGCGGUGGAUAUCAGCAGCAGUCUCAUCAGCAUGGGCAGGUUCAGCGCGGACGUGGACGUGGACGAGGGACUGACAAUGGUCGUGGUCGUGGUGGGCGCGGUCGAGGCGCCCAGCAGACGCCCUUCCAGCAGCACCUGGCGGAGCCAGCCGUCACUGCUGACUGCAUCGAAAACGAGAGGCCUGGACAUGUUACACCGCCAGUUUUUGACGCACCUCAAGAGCAACAGCAGCACCAGGGGUUAUCACCACAGAAGUGGCAAGCUCAGCAGGGCCCAUCCGAGGACAGACGUCGCCGCCCACCACCACGUCUCCAUGUGGCGGAAGACAGCAAAGCACUGCAGUCGUGGCGCAACAACGAGCCCUACGCACAGUCAGUUCGUAUACCAGAGGAGCUCGUCUUGCAAAAGCAGUCCAACGGUGCUGAGCCAUUCUACAUCGCCAUCUCUCGCGAGGAGAACUCUUUCAUCUUCACACAGCAUGACAAGGGCACGGGAGGCUCCAUGUCCUUCGGUAUCUGGGGUGAAGAGGAGGCUACUUCCGCUACGAGGCGCAAGAUCCUUGCCCUCGUCGAGGGGUGGCAAGGGCCACAGAAAUCUCGAAGGGCGGCCAUGUUCGGAAGGAAUGUGUCACUGACACCUGCUCGUCGUGUGAGAGCUGAGAAUAAAUGGGCACAAGAAGUAACACGCCAGCGUUUCCGUCAGAGGCCUGCUCAACACGCAUUGUUCGGGGCGAUAGGCACCUUUCAUUGGCCGGUACAACUGUAUCGCCCAGAGGAGGUUCUCGGUACGAGCUUUGAAGCCCUGGAUCCCAUCCGGAUGGACUAUGAGUGUUACAUCAUCUUCGAUUCUGAACGAUCUGCCUUCCUUGUACACGGAAAGGCCAUGGGCGUCCAGCAAGCACUUGUACGUAUCAGGAAGACGUGCUAUCAGAUAGCUGCUCGCCAGCUCUCGCCCGCGAGAUUGUAUUUGCUUCAUUGGGCAGACGUGUCGAAGUUGCCGAGCCAUGUCGUCCUCACGCCAUACAAGAGUGCUGCGGUCCCUUCGGGCGGCACAGAGGGAAGACCUGCCGCUAUGAAUUCCCCUUUUGCCACCGGCACUAAGGAUGCCUAUGAUGAGCCGCAGGAGGCCACCAGGAUCAGCGAGAACCGUAUCCGCGCUGUCAUGUUGCGCUCCUUUCCCAAGCUUCACUACUAUCGCGGCCAGAUCCAGGUGCGCAUCCGCCUGGGCCGCUUUCUGGCAACACUUUUCAAGAAGCCAAAGGAUGAUGCAUACACGUUUGAAGAUUACCGACACAUGAUCACAGAAUCACAGUUCACGGGAGAAGUGACGCAGGAGGUCGGUGACAAAGACAUUGAGCGUUACGCUUUGGAGACUCUGCAGAGCGCCAGGCACUUCUUGGACCCGUCUGUCGUCACGGUAUCGGAACUGACUGAGGUGAGACCCCUCUAUUCCGUGGCGUUCACGUUCGCCGACGAAGCCGGUGACCUUCGCCUGGAGAUCUGCUGGGAGGAAGCAAAAGACACCUCCUACAAAUCGACCGAAUACGAUGUUGUGUACAAGAAAUGGACGAGGCUCGACCGCGACACUGGAACGACGGCAUCUAUCGUCGACAUCGCGCUGAAGGACCUCACCUCUGGUUUGGCAUGGCAGUUCGACAUCAAGGCUGCGCAAGUGAUGGAAGAGUCACGGCUUUCAGCGAAGCUCAAAGCGUUUGCCGAAAGCAUUCGAAUUAACCCCAGCGAGGCGAGCAAGAUGAAUCUUGACAAGCUGCUCGUCACGCACAAACCUCCACACGGCGUCCAACUCAAGUCGAUCCAGCAGAAGUUGGUCUACCGCUACAACAUCAAGUGGUCCGACUUUACGCUCGAACUGGCUCAAUUCCAGGAUCGCAAGUUCUCUCACCAGUCAUCGUCGGCGCUCUCGUCUAAUAUGCCCACGACAAUCUACGAUCCUCGCUGGAGCUUGAGCUUGUAUCGCGGAGACUGGGACAAAAUGUUGGCCUCCAACGAGAACCUACCGAUCGGCGAGCGGACGGAGUGGGAGGACGAUAUUGACAAUUGGCUCCCAGAGGACAUGACGCCAACCUCUGAUCCCGACCACAAAGGUGCUGGGUUUGACCAGCUGAUGGAGAAGCUGAAGACAUUGCAGAAUGUGAUGAAGGACAGCAAGGACACGGAAGUGGGGGGUGGGAUGACUGUCGGUUGA